CUGUUACUGAUACACUUGUUUCUACAAAAAAUAAUAACUUCUUUUUUUAUCUUUUUCUUUUAAAUCUCCCAAGAAUCUCCAUUGUAAUUGCCGAAAGAAAAAGGGUUGUUCAUAUAUUGUAAGUAGUAAAAAUUGGUGUAUACUAGAGAGUAAAUCAUUGUUUGUUUUUUUCCAUUAAUGGGGAUUUGAGAUUUAGAAUGGACUUGAAGAAACUCCCAUUUUCUGAUCAAUUUGGUUCUUCUUCAAGAAGAAAGGUAGUUGUUUCUGGAUUUGGUUUGGGUGUUGCUGCUUCUUUCAUUUUUCUUUGUAUUCUAUUGUUGAAUUAUUCCUUCAAAUCUCCAUUUGUAACCCCUGUUUUUAGUGGUUUUAGUCACAGUGAUAAUAAUAAUACUUCUAGUACCCGCAUUUCUUGGCCAUUCUCUUUCUCUAAUGCUAGUGUUAGUUUCAGUUCCAAGGUUUCACACAAUGUGAAAAAUGGAACCUUUAGUCUUCAAGAAACCAAGAAAAUUGAUGAAUUGAAUGGGUCUGGAGUUGAUGCAACUGCAAAUUUUUCCAAUUUUUCUGGGAAAGGAACAGUUUUAGGGGAAAAGGGGGGAAUUUUAGGAAAUAACCAUGUCUCCGAUUUCUCUGAAAAGGUAAAAAAUGAAAGCUUUAUUGUUCAAGAAUCAGGAAUUACCAAGAAAACCCAUCAAGUGAAUGGGUCACAAGUUGAUGGGAAAGGAACUGUUUUGGGUAUCCAAGAUUCCACCAAGUAUAAUGUGACCUCAACUUAUAUUGAGGAUGUUGUGGGAUCAAGUGAUGGUGAUAGAAAAAAAGUUGCAGUGGUUGAGGGAAAAGGGGGUUUAUCUGUGGAGAAGAACGGUGUAUUGUUUCAAAGUGAUGGAAAAUCAUUGAUUAGACGCGACAAGGAUUUUUACGGGAAUUGUGAUAUAUAUGAUGGUGAAUGGGUUAGAGAUGACACGAAGCCAUACUAUCCUCCGGGUUCUUGCCCUAUUAUUGAUAGAGAUUUUGAUUGUCACCUUAAUAAGAGGCCAGAUGCUGAGUUUAUCAAGUGGAGAUGGCAGCCAUAUGCUUGUGACAUACCGAGCCUCAAUGCAACUGAUUUUCUGGAGAGAUUGAGAGGGCAAAAGCUUGUUUUUGUGGGGGACUCCUUGAAUAGGAACAUGUGGGAGUCCCUUGUUUGCAUUCUUCGCCACAGUAUCCGAGACAAAAAGCGAGUUUAUGAGAUAUCAGGAAGGCAUGAAUUCAAAAAGAAGGGCUUCUAUGCGUUCAGAUUUGAGGAUUAUAACUGUUCUGUGGAUUUUGUUAGCUCUCCAUUUCUUGUCAGACAAUCAGCUUUUAAAGGAAAGAAUGGUUCUUUCGAGACACUAAGAUUGGAUUUGAUGGACAAGACGACUUCAAUGUAUAGUGAUGCUGAUAUUGUAAUUUUCAACACUGGUCAUUGGUGGACUCAUGAGAAAACCUCCAGAGGGGAAGACUACUACCAGGAAGGUAAUCAUGUGCAUGGAAGGCUCAAGGUUUUAGAGGCAUACAAGAGAGCCAUUUCCACUUGGGCAAGGUGGGUGGAUCAGAACUUCGAUGGAAGCAGAACUCAAAUUAUUUUUAGAGGAUAUUCGGUCACACACUUCAGGGGAGGUCCAUGGAACUCAGGUGGGCAGUGCCAUAAAGAAACCGAACCAAUAUUCAAGAGGGCUUAUUUAGCAAAGUACCCUUCAAAGAUGAGAGUCCUACAUCACGUCCUUCAUAAUAUGACGACCCCUGUCAUUUACAUGAACAUUAGUAGGCUUACAGACUAUCGGAAAGAUGGUCAUCCAUCGAUAUACAGAAAGGAGUACAAGACAGUAGAGGAACAAAUAGCUGGAGUGCACUCUCAGGAUUGCAGUCAUUGGUGCCUACCAGGAGUACCGGACACUUGGAACGAGUUGUUAUAUGCAUCUCUCCUGAAAAGCAGAAAAGGUUCUUGGAAGAACUGAAAUUGAACUGGACUUUUCUUUUUGUAUUUUUUGGUACUUGUCAAUAUAAAGCCGGUAGCGAUAGAGAGGUUCUUGUGUAUUAGAUCAGUCUUGGAGUUGGAAGUUGAUCUGUAAAAUUUGUACAACCUUUGCUAUUGAGGAGAAUAAUAACAAAAAAUGAUAAAGCAAGUUCCUGAUUAACAAUAACAUCUUUUCUGUGA